AUUAACCCCUAGCAAAAACAUCCAACUUGUUAGGGUUUUAGACCAGCCAAGACCACCAGAGUAAGCAAAACCUCCAACUCUGUCCUCGUUUCUUGCUGAGAGCCAUCGAUAUCUUCUUCGCUGACCUUCCAUGACUUCAAACAACCCUUCUGCUCCGUCGUCUAGGGUUAGCUCGGAAACUGUUGGAAAAGCUGUAGACGCUCUGCUGAAAUGGAUUAAUGCCAAGAAAAAGCAGCAAAACGCGCAACUGUUCGAGGAGGACGAUUUCGUUUAUCUCAUCCUAACCCUCAAGAAGAUCCCAGAACAAGGCCGCACCAAUCCUUACAAGAUCUCACUUCCCCACCCUCUCCAUGACACCUCCGAAGAGGAAAUUUGCCUCAUCAUUGACGACCGCCCCAAAUCCCGUCUCACCUUCGACGCUGCUACUAAAAAGGUUGAAGCCGAUAACAUCCCCGUCAAUCUUGUUCUCAGGCUGUCCCAGCUCAGAUCCGACUACCGUAACUUUGAGAAGAAGCGCCAGCUCUGCAACUCGUUCGACAUUUUCUUCGCAGAUAAGCGGAUCAUUCCCCUGCUUCCCAGGCUCUUGGGGAAGCAAUUCUUUAAGAGGAAGAAGAUUCCGGUACCCGUCGAUUUGACCCACAAGAACUGGAAGGAGCAGAUUGAGUUCGCAUCUGGGUCGGCCCUUCUGUACUUGAGGACCGGUACCUGUUGUGUUUUGAAGGUCGCUCGGAUUUCUAUGGGCCGCGAUGGGAUUGUCGAAAAUGUAGUUGCUGCCAUUAAUGGAGUUGGAGAGAUUGUCCCGAAGAAGUGGGCGAAUGUUCGUUCAUUUCAUUUGAAGCUGUUGGAGUCUCUGGCUUUGCCGUUAUAUCAGACUGUGCCCCAAAUGGGGAUGAAAAUCGAGGGGAUUAAGAAGAAAGAGGAGGCGAGUAAGGAGGAACUUGGCUCAGGGGUAGAAUCUGGGGAGAAAGGUAAUGUGGAAAAGAAGGAGAAGAAGUUGGAGAAGAAGAAGGUUUCGAAGAAGGGGAGGAUUCAUGAGGUUAGGUACAUGGAUGAUGAUUUUGAUGAGUUUUUGGAUGAUGAUAAAUUGGAUAAUGAUGAGGAAGCCAAUGAAGAUAGCAAGUCGGAAACAGCUGAAUUGACUGGUAAAAAGCGGAAGAAGGGAGAGAUCAAGAAGGAAGGGGUUCUCAAUGAGUUAAAUGGCGAGAAGCAACCAAGUAAAUUAGAAAAGGUAAAGAAGGGAGACACAUUGAACAAACAAGAGGUUUUGAAUGAAAUAAGUGGCAAGAAACAGCAGAAGAAACCAGCUAAAAUGAAAAAGGGCGACUUUUCUUUAGAACUUGGAGAAAAAGUAGUUGAUGAACCAACCGGCGACAUUUCUGUGGAGAAGAAGAAGAAGAAGGAGAAAAAUAAGCUUGGAAAGUCCGGGAUAGGUAAAAUGAAAAUUAAGGUUAAGAAGAGUAAGAAAAUGCAAGCAACAGAGUGAUUAAUUUUGAAGGAAUUAUUUCUUUCCAUGGUUGGAUGGUCUUGUAAGCUUGAACUUUGUGAUGGACUCCAUGGAGGAAUUUCUCAACUUGUAGGGCUUCUUGUAGUCAAGUAUGCAUGUUUUUACCUUUUAGAAGUGAGCUUUUAGCUUUACCAUUUCUUGGGCUUUGUAUUUCAAGUAAACUUGUAUUUUAAAGUCCCUCAAUUUUUGGCAGAUUCAUCUUUGUUGCAGAGCAUAUCCUUUAUAACUUUCUUUCUUAUGGAUGGGAAAUUAAUUGGUUUUCUUAAUUUCUUACA